AUGACGGAGAAGACGCUGCUGCUGCUGCUGCUUCACUCUGUCGACGCUGUCAUGGCGUCUCAGUGCUGGCAGGGGGCGACCUUCUCUCAGGCGGUGGUGUCUCCGGCAGUGGAGAGCAGCGGCAUCCUGCGGAUACCCGGCGUGUUGACGUUGCCGCAGUGCGUGGCAGCGUGCUGCGACCUGCCGGGUUACAAUCUGGCCUGGCUGUUCCAGGGACGCUGCUAUAUCCUGAUCUGCCAGCAGAGGGAGAACUGCCAGCCGCGAGAGAGACCAGGGGCCGACUCGGUCUUGGCCUUCCUGCGGAGGGCGCCACCUGAGACACUGGUGCUUCAGUCACUGGUUAGAGGGGAGCCGUACAGCGGCCGCUGGGGGCCCCUGUCACAGCCCUCUGAGACCCCCGGGGACCUGGAGGCCCUGAAGGACCUGGCUCUCUUUGACAGGCCCCGGCAGGACUUCUCUGGCCCUGCGAUGCCGGACCUGGAGGGUUCCGAGGGAAGCCAGGAGGAGAAGGCAGGCGGGGGUUCAGAGGCCGAAACGUCGACUCAUCAUUCGUCUCUGAAGGGAAGAGACAGAUUCAACCAAUCAGAAGCCGACAACGGUCCAGAGAGGACUGAGAGCACAGACAUGUCGCUGGGGGACAUCAGCCGAGGGGACGAGGACAGAACCAGGAGGCCGACGGAUCCUUCAGAGAAAACCACCAAAACACAAGGUGGCACUGUUUCUCCAUCAACCUCUGACUCCACCCAUCAAGACCAUUCAAGGACCUCAGCUCCACCCCCGACCACAGCUCAUUGGCCGAGCAGCACACCCACACAGACGGAUCGAUCCCCGACGCCGCCGCUCACGUUGUCUACAGCUUCACCUGGACGCACAACCGAUGUCGUGAUGACAUCAGCAGCUGCAGCUCCGCCAACCAUGCCCCACCCCCCAUCCAUAACCUCUGACCCCCCGACCGCCACCUCCCCUCUCAGCACCAGCCCUGCCCCCCCAACCACGACCCCCCUCGCUGCUGAGUCUGUGUCGGAGGUCGUGGGGUCAAACCGCGGCCCGGUGGCGGUUGUAGGUCCUGACAGGAAGUUGUUCCUCCCGCUGGGCAGCUUGUUGCUCGAUGGCAGCGGCAGCACGGACGACCACGGCAUCGUCAGCUACCACUGGGACGCCAUCAGCGGUCCUCCUGGGUUCCGGCUGGAGGACGUGGACCGGGCAGCAGCUACAGCAACAGGUCUCCGGGUGGGGUGCUACACCUUCCGACUGACUGUCUCUGACCAGCAGGGGGCGACAGACAGCGCCUCAGUGACCUUCAGGGUGGAGGAGGCCGCUCGUCUUCCUCCGGUCGCUCACGCCAGCGGCAGCCACACGUUGACUCUGCCCAACAACUCGCUCGUCCUGCGAGGAUCCGUCAGCGCCGGGGACCAGACCCGGGUCCAGUACCUCUGGGUCAGAGACAGCCAGAGUCCUGCUGCUGGGGACGUCCUGUACGGCUCGGAGACCCAAGCCGCUCUGUACCUGGCCAACCUGGUGGAGGGGACCUACCUGUUCCAGCUGAGGGUGGCCGACGCCCAGGGACGCUCCAGCUCGGCCACGGCCACGGUGGAGGUCCGACCAGACCCGGGCGGGGGGGAGGAGGUGGAGCUGGAGAUGCUGGUGUCAGUGUCUCAGGUGAGUUUGUCUCAGAGGGACACGGUCGUCCGGCAGCUCGCCGCUCUGCUGCACGUCCUGGACGGGGACAUCCAGGUCCGAGGGCUGCAGGGACACUCCCACCUCAGCUCGGUGCUCCGGCUCUCGGUGGGGGGCCCCCAGGGGGCGCUCUCUGGCUCCAGGCUAGUGGGUCUGUUGAGGAACCAGCUGCUCAGAGACAAGAGCGACUACCUGCUGUUCAGAGUCCUGAGAGUCGACACCGUGUUGUGUCUGCUCCACUGCUCGGGGCGGGGUCAGUGCGACCCGGUCACUAAGUUCUGCUCAUGUGACCCGUUCUGGACGGAGAACCUGAUUCGCCUUUACCUCGGUGACGGAGAGAGCAACUGUGAGUGGAGGGUUCUGUACGUCAUCCUGACCAGUUUCCUGCUCAUGGGCGUCAUCCUGUCCAUCAGCUGGACCUUCAUCUGCUGCUGCAAGAGCAGGAGACAGACCAAAGUGAGGAGGAAAACCAAGUACACCAUCCUGGACAACAUGGACGACCAGGAGAGGAUGGAGCUCCGACCCAAGUUCAGCAUCAAACACCGGAGCACCGAGCACAACUCCAGCCUGAUGAUGUCCGAGUCGGAGCUGGACAGCGACCAGGACACCAUCUUCAGCCGGGACCGACCCGUCCAGAGCAGGAACCAGCUCAGCGCUCAGGCCCAUCGCAACGGAAACGUCUUGGGAUGACGGGAUCACGACCUCGGAGGAGCCGUCCAGGAGGUUUGCUCUCUGGCGGCCCCAAGUGGUGAGAGAGAGAUGAGGCUUCUCAUAGCUGGACGAGCUGAAUCCUCGUUAGUGAAAUCAGUGAAAUGAGCGUCAGGGUCGGACAAACCUGCCACUUCCUAAACACAAAGGACCUAAAGGCCUUCCAACAGAAUUAUCUCAUUAGCUAACAAGCUAAACGAAGCUAACGCGAGCUUCAUUUAUUGUUUCAUCUCAAUAGUAACUUGUUAAACGAUUAGCAUCAAUCACGUCCAUCCAGCUGCCCCCUGCUGGACACAGACUAAACAUUCAGUAUCCAUAAGAAGUCUGCACUAUGUUCAGCCUAGCUUAGCACUUUGUCGACUGACGACCUCAAAUAACACAAAAACACAGUUUAUUUAUUUCAUUGUCUUUUUAAGUUGUCCUCCAUGUUGCACCUAGCUUAGCACAGGAACGUAAACCAAAGGGCGGCGGUUAGCCACAGUCCGAAGGAAGGAAGGUCCAAUCGGAGGAAGAUGUGCUGAAGGUUUAUUUAACAGAGCAGAAUCAUCUGAGGCAGUGGAGCGGUUUAUAAGUUUACAUUUUUAAGAUGUUUUAAGAUGUUUAAAUGUCUUGUUUUGUCUGAAUAGAACGAAAGUUUCUUAAAUUGAAUCUGUACAAUCAUUCCUUUUGAGAUUGUCUCUUUGAGUUUAGGAAAUCUUUAUAAACGUAAUGAUCCUUUUAAGCCAAAUAUAAGAAAAUCAGUCUUACCCGGUUCAUUAACAAAAUAGACUGAAAACUGGAUUCUUUCUAAUUCAAUGAAUGAAAAUCUCCUGUUGGUCAAAGCUGAGAAAACGAUGAAGCUCCUGAUGAAGAUCGUUACGACCGGGACGCUGUAAAAAAAACACUCAGUCUUUGUCCAAUACUUUACUUCUGGUAUUUAUUUGCUCACCACAGUGUCAGUCACUUCCAAUAAGGUUUGUAGAACUUCACGAGACUCAUUAUGGCUCAAACAGAACUGCUGCAGGUUGUCACCAGGAAUCUUAAAUCUGAUCUAUUAAUUUAUCUCUAUACAGAAAAACACUGACAUUGAUUUUGAGCUAGAAACUGGAUCCAUGCAGAUGAUUCGUCCUCCACAUUAGCCACGUAUUCAACAUUUAUAUUCAACAUUUCAUUUUACACAAACAGAUCUUUAACAGAUGCAUAAACUACAUUUUGAACUAAAGGUCCAAACAUUAAACUAAUGAUAUUAAAUGCUAAUGUUUUCCUAUUUAUUAUAUAUCAGCAUAUUAAAGGAUUUUAAUCACUAAAAAAACAGUUUUCACUGAAAUAAAUCCUACAACAGAACUUGAGGAAGAUCAACACCAACAAAACGAUUUAAGGUUUAGAGUAUUUAGUUUUAUCAGUAGCACAACAAAAUGUCUGUGUUACACAGGAGGUUCACUUUGUGGAAAACAGAUGUUUUCUAGGAAGGUGAUGGAGAAGAUGCAGAUCUGCUGACGUAACCUUCAUCAACGUUUUCAACUAAACCCCGCCCCCAAACUGUCUCUCUCCAAUCACAGCUUAGCACCUGUCACCAGUGACUGUUAGCAGGCCGGCUAACUAGCAGCAGCAACUAGUUUGUGGGAACCAGAACCAAGAAGUUAAACCCAGAGACGACUUUGUCUUCACUGUUCAAACGUUUAUUACUUUUGCUGCUUUGUUUCUUAUUGUAUGUAUUUCUGUUUUACAAUCUGUAAAUAGUUGUUCCUUUACUGUAUAUUUGUAUAUUUGUAUCGUUAAAGCUCUCUCGCUCUCAGUGGCUUUCCCUCUGUAUAAAUAAAGGUUUCAAUGAAUCAAUAAUAUAUUGGCACAUACAAUUUCUUCCAAUAAAAUAAUUUUAACAUUUAUUUUACAGGACUUUUACAAAAAACUAAACGGUGACGCGUAUGUAAAGUUACCGAGGGGGGCGGGGCUUAUCCACAACGGGAGGCUACAGCUCCUCCUACUGGCUAGAGUAGUAAAAUAUUGUUAUUUCAAAAUAGGACCCUGAAUGAACUCCUCCUGUUUUGAUUGGUGGAUCGUGAUUAUGGCACAAAGUCAUCCAAUCAGAACUGAAUAUCACCCCUGAUCAAAACAUCAUUAACUGCAAAAGA